UCCUGAGAGUGCAUAGUUCUCCUCAUACCAGUCUCCUUUACUGCAGCUCACUGACAUGGAGCUUUACACCGGACUCCUUACCCCUUUUCUUCUUGCUCUACUCCUUCUUUUUAUGGUUAAAAAGGUGUUUGGGAAGACAGGGAACCUUCCCCCAGGUCCCAGGCCUCUGCCUAUCUUAGGAAACCUGCUGCAGCUCAAGAGUCGAGAGAUACACAAACCCAUACUGGAGCUUAGUAAGAAGUAUGGACCUGUCUACACGCUGUAUAUGGGUCCAAAGCCUGCUGUAGUGCUUUGUGGGUUCCAGGCGGUGAAGGAAGCCCUAGUGGACAAUGGUGACAAGUUCAGCGGACGAGCAGAGUUUCCAAUUGUGGAUUUAACCAGCAAGGGAUACGGAAUUGCCUUCAGUAAUGGGGAACGCUGGAAAGAACUGAGAAGGUUCUCGUUGAGCACCCUACGUAAUUUCGGAAUGGGUAAACGAAGCAUUGAGGAACGGAUCCAAGAAGAGAUUCAGUAUCUGCUAGACAUAUUUACAGAAACAAAAGGUUCCCUCUUCAGCCCAGCGUUCUUCAUUCGCCGCUCCAUCUCAAAUGUCAUCUGUUCCGUCCUCUUUGGGAGGAGAUUUGAGUACACAGAUCCAAAGCUGCAGACACUGCUGGACCUUGUAGCUGAGAAUCUUAGAAGGGUGGACAACAUUUGGGUUCAGUUGUACAAUUUUAUACCAUCAAUUCUACAUUACCUUCCGGGACCUCAUCAUAAGCUGACAGAGAACUACCAAGCACAGCUGGACUACGCAGAAGCUUUAGUGCGGGAGCAUGAGGAUACACUGGACCCUUCUUCCCCCCGAGACUAUAUUGAUGCCUUUCUCAUAAAGAUGCAACAGGAAAGAAAGAACCCGCAUUCAGAAUUCAACUUGCCAAAUUUACUUUCCUCAACGCUAGAUAUAUUUUUUGCGGGGCAGGAAACCACUAGCAGUACUCUUGGAUAUAGUCUGCUAAUCCUAAUGAAGUAUCCACAUAUCAAAAAAAAGGUCAAAGCUGAGUUAGAGAAUGUGAUUGGCAGAACACGAAGACCUUGUAUGGAGGAUCGAGCCAAAAUGCCUUACACUGAAGCUGUCACCCAUGAAAUUAUGAGAUUCAUUGACUUCUUACCUCUUGGUGCCCCCCAUGCUGUGACAGAGGACACUAUUUUCAGGGGUUACAUGCUACCUAAGGGUACAGUCAUCGUUCCUGUUUUACAUUCCGUAUUAUAUGACCCAACUGUGUUCAAAGAGCCCUAUGUGUUUGAUCCUGAACAUUUUCUCGACCAGAAUGGGUUGUUUAAGAAACAUGAAGGUUUCAUGGCUUUCUCUGCAGGAAAGAGAGCCUGUCCCGGUGAAGGCUUGGCACGUGUGGAGCUAUUCCUAUACCUGACAUCCAUCCUUCAGAAGUUUGAUAUACGCUCUGAUAUACCUCCAGAAGACAUAGACCUCUCCCCUGAAUAUAGCGGCUUUGGAAAAAUGGCUCCAACCUUCCAAAUGAGAUUUUCCCCUAUAAUAGAAACCGAGUAAAGUUCCUAAAAUUUAGGUUUUAUUUUUUUCACGACAAUGCACAGAAUUUUUCGAUACCUCACUUUUUUAUUUUAGGAUUAGAAAUGUAUGUUAUUGUAUUUUUAUGUCCAUGUCUAAUA